AUUGAAUAAGAUGACAAAUUAAAAGAAUUUGAAACAUCAACUUUUAUUUUAAUAUUUUUUUAUAUCCAUUUUCAUUCUUAAAUCUUAACAUAAUAUAAUCACUUUUAAUUGUGGAAUAUUAAGAGUUACCAUUUAUUGCAAUCAAAUUCAACCCAGAAAUAGUGAAGCACCAAGACAACCCGGUAACCCACCCAUUACCGGCAGCAUCUACCCUAUACGGCAACAACUGCAAAUCAUCCCAUUUCUUGAAGUUGAAUCUAGAUUAGGAUUGAAAAGAUGAUCUUGAGGGAAUUGGAUUACAUUUUUUUGGGGAAGACUUUUACCCCCAUUAGCAGGAAUACUGUUCUUCAGAUCAUGAAGUUCUCCUUCAUCCCCCCUCCAUCUUCAUCAACAAGAGGAUACCGAUCUUUCUCCACCAUUACUAGAUCCUGCAAGAUGGAAACAGGAUCUUUUACAUUUGGGCCUUAUAAAAUAGAUGCAAAGGAAGUAUUUCACUCUACCAAUCUCUCUUAUGCCAUGGUGAAUUUGCGCCCCCUUCUUCCUGGACAUGUACUCGUCUGCCCGAGGCGUGAAAUGAAGCGCUUUGCUGAUCUCACUGCCGAUGAGACUUGUGAUUUAUGGCUUACAGCUCAAAAAGUUGGUAGUCGGCUAGAGGAGUACCACAAAGCAUCGUCGCUAACUCUUGCUAUACAAGAUGGGCCUCACGCAGGACAGACUGUACCCCAUGUUCACAUUCACGUCCUUCCUCGUAAAGCUGGUGACUUUGAGAAGAAUGAUGAGAUCUACGAUGCGAUAGACGAAAAGGAGAAGGAAUUAGCUCAAAAGCUAGACUUAGACAAGGAACGGAAGGAUAGAACUCUCGAAGAGAUGAAUCGAGAGGCCGAGGAGUACAGGGUGCUAUUCUCCUGAAAGCUAAAUCUUCAAUCAUUCGAUGUACAAUGUCUUAUGCUUCCGUUCAAACUUCAUGAAUUCAUUUUCCUGGUUGUUAGUUGCACUCUUGAUUCGUUAGAAACCGAGCUCAUGCACUUACUAAUGAGCAUACGAUAUGAAUAAAUCAUUAAUGUCGAACAAUGUGAAGAAACGAGUAAUUGAAAUCCGAUAGUUGAUGCAUAUUGAACGUUGCCUGUA